AUGGCGGCCUUGCCACUGGCCACCGCGGAGGUCUGCGACGCAAACUCACACAUGAUCACCAGCGGCGAGCUCCGCGCGCUGCAGCCCGUCUUCAGGGUCUACGGCGGGCGGCGGCUCUUCGCCGGUCCCGUCGUGACAGUGAAGGUGUUCGAGGACAACGUCCUGGUCCGUGCGCUCCUGGAGGAGAAGGGCCAGGGCAGGGUCCUGGUGGUCGACGGCGGCGGCAGCCUCCGCCGCGCCCUCCUGGGGGGCAACAUCGCCAUGCUGGCGCAGAACAACGGGUGGGCCGGCAUCGUGAUCAACGGCUGCGUCCGGGAUGUUGAUGAGAUCAACGAGUGCGACAUCGGCGUGCGGGCUCUCGGCUCGCACCCGAUGAAGUCGGACAAGAGGGGGAUGGGCGAGAAGCACGUCCCGGUCACCGUUGCUGGUACCAGGAUCUGCGACGGCGAGUGGCUCUACGGCGACGCCGACGGUAUCCUCGUCUCGAGGACCGAGCUCAGCGUGUAG